UCUUCCCCCUCUCCGCCUCAGUAGUUUUUCAGUGUGGUGUGGUGACUGUCUUCUCAUUUCUUCAAGAGAAACGUGCACUGGCGUAGUUAAACUCUUUGAGCAGACCACAAACAGCAGGAGGAAAAUGAAGAAGUUUGUGUUGAAAUUGGAUUUGCAAGAAGACAAAGACAAGAGGAGGGCUUUGAAGACGGUCUCCACUCUUUCAGGAAUUGAUGAAAUCACCAUCGACAUGAAAGCAAAGAAGUUAACCGUGGUUGGAACGGUUGACCCAGUGACGGUUGUGAGCAAAUUGCGGAAAAAGAAUUGGCCGACUGACAUCAUCUCGGUCGGGCCAGCCAAGGAGCCGGAGAAGAAAGAGGAGCCGAAGAAAGAAGAAGCCAAGAAAGAGGAGGGAAAGGAGGAAGCAAAGAAGGACGAGCCCAAGAAGGAAGGUGAGAAGAAAGACGAAGCCAAGAGCGAGGAGGAGAAGAAGGCCGAACAAGAACUAGUGGUCGGCACAAUAAUGCCGUACCGGCAGUACUACCCGCCGAUGAACACAUACUACUAUCACCACAGCAUGGAAGAGAAUCCAAAUGCUUGUGUUAUCUGCUAAGUAUCGUGAAAAAUAAAAACAAACAAAACAUCCUUAACAAUGGUACUAAGAUUUAUGUUUUUGUUGUUCUUGGUUUUGUUGCAUCAUAUGAAUGGAUGCAAAUAGGGGAAAAAACUCCUGAGCUUUUGCUCAUACAUGGUCAGGCUAUUAUGGCAUUUUCAGGAUUUUGUGAUGUGUAUAGAAGUUAAUAAAUGACAUUUUUGCCUAUUA